GGAAUUAGUCAACUAGGAGCUAUGGCUAUUAAAGAAACUUGUGGUUUCGUCCUCACCUUAGGGAGAACCCUAUCUUCUCUUUAAGCUUUGAUUGGGACCUAUCAAUGCCAACUGUGGCUAUUUGCUGCCCAGGGUUCUUCGUGUAGUCCAGAAGAAGAUAUUUCUGAUUUUGGAGAAAUGGGUUCAAGAAUUCGGUUAUGGAUGCUGAUUGUUUGCAGUCAAGUUAUGGUAAUCGCAGGGUUGACGAACCCAAACGAUGUUGCUGUCCUAAAUGCCAUCAAGUCUAGUUGGCAGAAUAUACCACCUAAUUGGAGUGGUCCAGAUCCCUGUGGAAGUAAUUGGGAAGGAAUUAACUGUACAGACUCACAUGUAACCUCCUUAAAUUUGGCGGGCAUUGGGGUGAGCACAAAUAACAUUGGAGACAUUCCAUCGCUUUCCAAGUUGCAAUAUUUAGAUCUUUCCAACAACAAAGGGAUUACAGCCGUUCUUCCAGAAUCCAUUCAGGAUUUGAAGAACCUGACGACAUUAAUCCUGGUUGGUUGUAAUUUUUUUGGUCUGCUUCCUGAUUCAAUCGGCUCCCUGAAGCAACUAGUCUUUUUAGCUCUCAAUAAUAACAGCUUCAUUGGAUUUAUCCCACCAUCCAUUGGUAAUUUAACUAAUCUAUCAUGGUUGGAUCUAAGUGAUAACCAGCUUCAUGGAUCCAUUCCCGUCUCUAAUAGAACAGCACCCCUUGGUCUUGACAAGCUAGUGAAAGCAAGACACUUUCAUUUUGCAAAUAAUAAUUUGUCUGGUCCCAUUCCACCUGAACUUUUCAGCUCAAACAUGAAGCUAAUACAUGUUAUAAUGAACAACAACGAAUUAUCUGGAACAAUCCCUUCCUCGAUAGGACUUGUGGUGACUCUUGAGGCUGUACGCUUAGACUCAAAUUCCUUGAGCGGGAUAGUGCCUCGGAAUCUAACGAACCUCAGAAGUGUCGGUGAGCUGUACUUGUCAAACAAUAAACUGAAUGGAUCUGUUCCAAACCUGACAGGAAUGAAUUCUCUCUUUUAUGUGGACAUGAGCAAUAAUAGGUUCGAUUUGUCUGAUAUCCCUACAUGGUUCACACUUCCAUCAUUGACGACACUAUUGAUGGACAAGACGCAACUCCAAGGAGAAAUCCCAUCAAAUGUCUUCCAACGUCAGUUGGAGAGAUUGGUGCUAAGCAACAAUGCACUUAAUGGAACCCUGGAUGUUGGCAACAGCUAUAGCAGCGACUUAAUUGUUGAUUUGACGAACAAUUCCAUUGCUAACUUCACGCAAAAUUCUGUAUAUAAUAUGAGCUUAAAUCUUGUAAAUAAUCCAGUUUGUGAGGAAGGAAGGCCAAAGGGAAGAUAUUGUGGGGCUGGAAAACCCAAUAUACCAAAUGGCUAUCCAUCAAAUAGCUGUACUCCUGUGCGCUGCAGUUCAAAUAAAUUGCUUAGUCCAAAUUGUAAUUGCUCACAUCCAUAUACCGGAACCAUACAUUUUUUCUCUCAUUCCUUCUCAGACUUGGAUAACACCACCUACUAUACAAUUCUCCAUGAUGUUUUGAUAUCUGCCUUUCGGUCCAAUCAACUUCCUGUGGACUCGAUUUCUAUCUCCAAUGCAAUUGUCGAUGAAUUUUCAUACCUUCAAUAUAGAUUGAACAUCUUUCCCUCUGAUCAAGAUUACUUUACUCGUUCAGAAGUCUCUUCAAUUGGGACUGUGCUCAACCGCCAAACUUUUAUUCUCCCACUUUUUGGACCCUUAUUCUUUCUUGAUGAAAACUAUUGUUGCUUUCCAGAAAAGAAGUCAUCAAAUACUGGCAUCAUCAUUGGAGCAACAGUUGGUGGUUUUCUUCUCCUAUUGCUUUUAGUCAUGGCUGUAAUUUAUGCUAUUUAUCAGAAACGACUAGCAACAAGAGCGAAACAGAACAGUCCUUUUGCAUCUUGGGGGUUGGAUAAUGGAAGUGAUGUUGGUGGUGUUCCUCAACUGAAAGGAGCAAGAUGGUGUUCGUUUGAAGAACUCAAAAAAAGCACCGACAAUUUUUCCGAAGGAAACAUAAUUGGAUCUGGGGGCUAUGGGAAGGUGUAUAAAGGGACUCUUAACACUGGCCAUGUAGUCGCGAUCAAAAGAGCUCAACAGGGGUCAUUGCAGGGUGCUCACGAAUUUAAAACUGAAAUUGAGCUUCUUUCACGGAUCCAUCAUAAGAACGUGGUAGCCCUUGUGGGUUUCUGUUACGACCAAGGUGAACAAAUGCUGGUCUAUGAGUACAUUUCAAAUGGUACUCUAAAGGAUAAUCUUUCAGGGAAGUCAAGAAUCAGGUUGAAUUGGAUGAAGAGGCUUAGGCUAGCUCUUGAUUCUGCCAAAGGUCUAACAUACUUGCAUGAGCUUGCCAACCCUCCCAUCAUACACAGGGACAUCAAAUCAACUAACAUUCUGCUGGAUGAUCAUUUGAAUGCCAAGGUUGCUGAUUUUGGAUUGUCCAAACUGUUGGGAGAUGAAUCAAAGGGUUAUGUCUCUACGCAAGUGAAGGGCACAUUGGGUUACAUGGAUCCUGAAUACUACAUGACCCAACAAUUGACAGAAAAGAGUGAUGUAUAUAGUUUCGGAGUUGUAUUGUUGGAGGUAUUAACUGCAAGAUCACCAAUACAAAAAGGUAAAUAUAUCGUGAGAGAGGUUAAAGAGGCGAUCAACAGAUCAGGAGAUCCAAGUGGACUUUCCGAGAUUCUCGAUCCAUCUCUUGGAUCAUCCCAAACACUUGGAGGUUUGACCAAGUUUGUGAAUCUUGCAAUGAGUUGUGUGCAAGAUGCAGGAGUUGACAGGCCCAAAAUGGGAGAAGUGGUGAGAGAGAUCGAAAGCAUUAUAGAUUUGGCUGCUUUGAGCCUUGAUCCUGACUCAUCAUCUACUUUCUCAACUCAAAAUACAGGAAAUGUUGUGGACCUUUAUCAUCCUUAUGGUGAUUCCAUCUCUGAUGAAAGCAGUUUAUAUGUACCAUUUGAAACGGAUUUGCGCAGGUAAUGCUACUUUCUAAAGGAUCGAUGCUCCCUAGUUGACUCAUUCUGGGAGUAGUCGACCGCUGAUAUGUAUAUCACAAAUGGCUGGAACCAAGAUUGUUAAAAUGAAAAUUUAGAAAGAUGCAAGUUAUAUGAACUUUAUGGUAUGUUGUUUAUUAUAAUAUUUGUACUACAAGCUAUUACUUUAUAUAACCUCCUUUUAUAUUGAGCUAGCC